CUGGGAAUGAGCGCACAGUGAAGUGCUCGGCGGUCCGUGUGCUGUGAGCGCGGUGUGGUCCACUCCGCGGCGGGUCCAGCGGUGUCAGCUGUGAUGAGGCAGUGUAAUGUGUCGCACCACACGGACCCUCUGACACUCCGCACGCACUCUUCUUCGUCCCUGCAGAAGAUGGUGACUGGCGGCUAGUUCCAACUUCGGACUCCGUGGUUUUUUUCCUCGGCGAAGCGCACUGAAAUCACUUGAGGGGUCCUGAGAUGACGGAAGUAGAGCCAGUGUUGGACUUUGCCUCCUCAGGGCGCUCGGGGAGGAGAAAUGCCCUGCCUGACAUCCUGGGCUCACCAGCAGGUGUAAACCCCGGCGACCUGCCCCUAAAGCUGGCUGAGCUGUCCCUCAAAGAUGGUCCUGGAGGAGCCCAGUCCCCCACGGCGGAGGGGCCUCCAGCACCGCCGGAGAGCUCAGAGGGGAAAGAGGGAUCAUAGGGGCUCGUUUAUUUACCUCCCUGGAGACCUGCAAAGAUAACCUGAGAGACGGGAUGAGGAGCGAGUUGGAGGGCGACCUGUGGGAGGAAUGAUUAUCGGACUGGAGAGUCAGUCUGUUUGUGAAGCAGCUGAGCCACGGAGGACGAGUGACGGACCGACUCCCCAAAGACUGCAGCCAGGCACUGGCACUAUCUGAGAAGCGUCAGACAUCACUUAGUCAUGAACUAGUGAGUGUGUGUGUGUGUAGGUGAGUUAUACACUCACCGCGGACACUGAGAAUCAAAAGGACCAUGACAGAUUGUAUACUGUACACUACUAUUUUUGUAUGAUUUAUUUAAAGAAAAACAGGAACCCAUAACUGUAAAAUGAACCAUUCCAUUGCAUUUCCUGCUGAUUUUUGUUUUUUAGUGAUGUGUGUUAUUUUACAUGAACAAUAGUGGGAGGGACUCUGAUAGCAGCCUGUAGUCGAUCGAAGCUUUUUAAUCCAGCUGGAUGCAAAAUGGUACGCGACAUAAGAAAACAGUAGAUUUAAGAGUACUGGGAGCUUUUUGUGUCGUCUUCUGCUUUUACACUAAAUGUGUACUGUAUGUUUCCAGAUGUGAGGCUGUUGUACAGUAUAUCUACAUUGUAAAUGUACAGUUUUUACCCCUCAUCGCAGACUGUUUUGAUCCUAGCAACAACGACCAGGGAUUUGAUCCAAUUUUUUUUUUUAAGGUGUCCAUAUGGUGCGAGAUGAUAACAUAGAAGAACCUUCCGUAUCUUGAGACAUUCCUUUAGAGAAUAGUGACCCACUGCCAGCAAUGUAUACACUGCUUCAUUAUAACACUGAGAAAAGUUGGAGAUUUCUUUUUGGUUUUUGCUCAAGGCUGCUUUUAAAAGUCACUUUCCAAACCUCUUUAAAAUGUGCCUAGUGGCAGUUCACAACCCAAAUCGUGUGUUGUGUUCUUUCUCUGUGAAGUACUGUUAUCCACUCUUUUGGGCUACUGAUAUUUCCUCAGUUUUAAUAGGAGGUAUCUUAACACAUCUUUACUGCUUGAACUGUAAAAUGAAAGACAAAACACUUUUGUAACAUUCUGCAGGAACGCAUCUGCAGAUCCUACACUUUGUCAGGAAGAGCGUCGAGUUUUGCGUCAACUUCAGCAGGGCUUCUCGGGCUCCUCGCAUGUGCUUCUUACAGCGACAGCAGCAUAUGCCCGCUGACUGGGCACGGGAGCAGGCAUCAAGCAACACUACCGCCACAAUGUGUUUCCAGUGCCGAAAACGGCUGCACACUCGCCUUCUGCCUCUCCGCACGGAGAAAAGUCUGUUCACACUCAUCAACACAUAAGCAGAGCUGUGAAUAGGAUGCAAGAGAGGGAGCGAGAAGGAGCGAGUCCACAUUUGUCAUCUCUCCACUCACUGCGACUGUAUAUAUACUGUAUUGUAGUAUAACCCAUGUGUCAUACAUGCUGCUUGUAUGAUUACCAGACUUUAUUCACAUACUGUACCCACAAAGAAAUGGUGUUUUGUAAUUGUCUCUAUUUGAAGAUGUUUUGCCGGUGGCUGUGUCUUUAUGUGGAUGUGUUUCACAAAUGCAACAAGGAAAGCCUGGUGUGCCGCUGCCCAGCCUCUGUCUCUGAUGCUGUACUUCUACUGAUGCUGAUGAGAAAGUGUUUGUGGUCCACACAAACUGUACGAUCAGCACUUUUAAUGGGGGUUGAUGAAUCAGAGGUGUAUUUUGUAGUGUCCUGAUCUCUAAGUGGUGCAUAUAUUUUACUUAGCUGGAUUGAAUCCCAUGUGUUGAUUCUAUCUAGUGGUGAAAAUUGCCAUAUUAAACCCACAAGCUUUACAUAUACAA